GAGUUACGGAUUGUCACCUGAUAAACACAAUAUGCAAACAAACCGAUGGACUGUGUAAUGGCGUGGACUAUCAGCUCUAAACUACCACCGUGGAGAAAGAAACCGCGCAAAUAUUCACUGCCUCUGUGAUUCUGAUUGUGUUAGGCAUGUUAGUUAGUGUGAGAUGGCCGACAAUGCGGAACUCGGAACCAAGCGUCUCUCCCUUAAACUGGACACUCAAGGUGUACUGGAGUUUGACGAUGCCAAACGCAGAGAAGAACAGCAACGGAGACAGCUGUUGGAAGAACAUAAUAAGAACAACGAGAAAAUUGCGCAGCUAGAAUACGAGAAAAGACAAGCGGAGGAGCAUAGUUUGUUUUCUUGUGAAAACCGUAAACAGACAUCGGAGAUUACUAAACUUCAAGCGAAAAUUCAAAAUGAACAGUUGCUCGAAAAAGAAGAAGAAACUCGAAACCUUCAUUGCGAAAACAAUCUUGCAUUGUUGGAAAAGCAGAAUGAAGAAGUAGAGACAUGGGAAACAGAGGAGCAAAUAAGGAAACAGCUAGUAGAAGAGAAAAAGAAAUGUGAAUUAACAAAAGUAACGGAAGAAGGUGUGGCACGCAAGGAGAUGGAAGACGAAAAGAGGAAGGAGGCAAUCAAGAUUCGAUUAGAACGAGAAAAGAAAUUGUUCUUGGUUGAACAGGACAGAAUGAAAAAAGAAUACAGCAAAGCAACAGAAGAACAAAGAAGACGAUUGCAAAAGCAAAUUGAGCAUGAACAAGAAAUCUGGAAACUCGAACAGGCUGAGAUGGAAAGAGCACUGCAAGAGUUAAAACAGAGAAACGAACAGGCCGUCAAAGUACGAGACGACGAUAUAGAAUUUACUUACGCGCAAAAGAUAAGACAACUCGCCAAAGCGCGAGAUGAGGAAGAAAAACUAAGGCGCUGGGAAGAGGAAAAAAUGAAGGAGGACGAGGAAUUUGAAGAAAAAUUAAAGGCGAGAACUCUGAUACUAGAAAGAAAAAUAAAAGAACAAGAUCGAGAAAGGGAGGAAAUGGAGAGGGAAUCGCAGAACCUAGAGCAAGCAGGUCUUAAAGAUUUUAAGACUAAACAGGAAAAGAGGUUGAAAGAAAUUGGACUUGCUGAGCUGUUCGAAGAAGAACAACGGAAACGCGACGAGGCGAAAAAACGGAAUGAUUGGUUAGAACAGCAGCGCUUGGAGGCUGAUAGUAAACGUUUGGAAAUGGAGAUGGAGGCGCUAGCUAAAGAGAAGGUGAAACGGAAAGAAGUCCAUGCGAAACAGGUUGAUGAGUGGAGCAGGUUUGAGGAAGAACUCAAACAGCGCGAUGCCGAGAAGACUUUAAGAGACGCCGAGAAAUUGAAGGACUUUGAGAGGCAUCUCGAGAUUGACAAACAAACAGCUUAUGAAAUUUCAGAAAGAAGAAGAAGUGAGAGAGAAAAGAGAAUAGAGCAAGAGAAGGAAGCUCUUAGAACUGCCGAAUUGGAAGCCACCUUGCAAGGAAGCAAGAAGAAAGAUCUAGAACGAACGACCGAGGAAGCUCGAAAAGUGGUUGCUGAUCUAGACGAAGGGAUCCGAGAGGAAGAGGACAAAAGAAGAGGAAUGGAAAGAAAAAGACAGGAAAAAGAACUUGAGAAACGAAAAGCAGAAAGAGAUAUUGAAGAUUGCGAAAUGCGAAAGCUAUUUGAGGCCCAAAAACAAAAAGAUAACAUAAAGGUCCAGAUAACAACUGAAAAUGAGACGUUUCUAUUUGAGCAGCAAAGAAUAAAAGAUGAUGCCUUAAAGAGAACAACGGACACUGGGCGCUUUAAUGAGACGGACAGGGGGGACGACGAGGAGAGGUACCGGGUAGAAGCGCUAAAAAAACGCCAGCUCCAGCAGAAACAGCAAGAAGAAGAACUACGGAGAUUCCACGAGGCUGAAAUGGAGCUAUUGCUUAAGGCACGCAAAGAAAAAUCUGGAAUUCCUAACAUAGUGCUCGAUGGCGACAAUGGCCAAGAUUUCUCUAAAAACACGAAAAAAGGACUAUUUUCGUCAUUAUUCAGACGACGAAGCCAGCCACCGAAUUGAUACAUAGUUAUAAAUAAUUUUUGGACGCUAAAUUAAUUUGUUGUUGUUUCAUACAAAGUCGCACUCGAUAUUCUGUGCUGUAUCCCGCAGUGCUUCAUGGUAACAUGAAGAUACAAAAAAAUGCUAUAAUUUUACAAAACUAACGCUUAUUUGUUUACCUAUUUGAUACCCAUGAAGCACUGCCAUUUGAGAUACUCCGGUUCUCCGAUGCAACCUUAUUUGAAAUAACACUUCUUGAUUAAUAGUUUCAAGAAUCCUUGGAUUAAUUUUCAUUCGCAAGUAGAUUUAUGUCGCAUGAUAAAUUGAAAAUAUAUUCUAUUUUAUUUCUUGGA